UUCCCUUGCUAUCCCUUGCAUCGUGAUACUAUACUUAAUAAUAUAUGUCAUCAUUUCACACCACCAUGGUGGUUUGCAUUCAUUUUCCAGCUUCCACCAACUUGCAUAAACAGAUGUGCAUCCAACAAGAGACUUUUAAAUACAGGCGACGCAAACACCAAAGACGUCCAGUACGUAGGGGAAAGCUGCCAUAAAAUCCCUCUAUAUCUACAUCACCAAUGGACCCGUUCACAGCAGGUGGAUUAGCCCUGGGGAUAGUAUCACUAUCCUUUCAGGUGUUUGCUGGUUGCGUCAAAGGGUUCAUGAUACUGUCAAGUGCCCACAAUUUUGGCAAGGAUGCUUCCUUCCUCAAGACCAUGCUCAGCGUUGAGGAAUACCGGUUUGUCCAGUGGGCGGAUGUGGUAGGACUCACCGGAGCAGACAGCAGAAUCCUACGUCAGCUCAAUCAAACUCUCGCGGAACAGCUGAUGGAACAAUUACGAGACAAGCUUGACAGCACCAAACUCAAGGAACGAUAUUCUCUUGACCUUCAAGAAGAUGAGACUUCAAGUGAUAGAGCUGACAGCUCCAUCGGCGAACAGUCGCACGCUCCAAAUAUGCUAUCCAGAGCAGUGUCUAACGAGCGGCGGUCAGAGAUCCUUCUGCGGGCCCAACUGAUCCAAAGCCGAACACCAUUUCCUAAGCGACUUCGAUGGGCGGCUAUAGAUAAGUCCAGGUUCCAAGAUCUCGUUUUGGAUCUGAGACAAAUUGUGGAUUCUCUUUGGAAUCUUCUCGAACCGAUUCGUCUGAGGGAGCUUUCCCAGCAGGUCGCCCGAACUCUGACAGCGGUGGUCGACAUGAGCCAAGAUCUUGAGGCCCUCAAAGGGCUUCGAGCUACUUUUACUAAACAGACCGCUGACUUUCCGGGUGAUACGAUUCUCUCGACUGCAGUUGACUUGAAAGUACUACGCAAGGGGCUUUCAAGGGAAGGCAGUAGUGACUCAACCUCGGAUUCAUCGUUAGCCCAGCGGCCUCUUUACCCCUUAAACCGAAAUCUCUUCAUACGAGCAGCCGCAACGCGGGGAGCUGAUGGGAUCUUUAUGGCUCAGUACGACGGUAGGCCCGUAUUAUGCGAGUCUAAACCAGUCGACCCGUGGCACAAACCAAAACUCAAAGUGAGAGCUGAGCGUCUUACAAGGCUACUUUCGUUGCCCAAGAGUGCAUCGUUCAUGACGCUUCAAUGUCUCGGGUUCUUGGAGGACAUAGAUGAGUUUAAAUUCGUGUACGAUUAUCCACCUGGGUCGGACACCACCGUUCCCCCUCGAUCUUUGCUGGACUUGCUUCGCGAUCCUACGAUGCAGAACCCAAGUGUUACCACGAGAUUGAGACUCGCUCUGUCAAUUUGCAAAACGCUCUUAACCAUACAUACAGCAGGCUGGUUCCACAAAAAUAUCCGCUCCGAGAACAUCAUAUUCAUAAACCGCGAGCCGGACCUCGGGAAACCAUAUUUAACUGGAUUUAGCUUCGCACGCACCGAUUCCCCAGUCGAGAUAAGUGAUCAAAGGUCAGCAGAUCCGCUUUUGGACAUCUAUAGACAUCCGCACGUCUUAAGAAAACCACCUGAGCCUUAUUCCAUUUACAUGGAUCACUACUCUCUAGCAACUGUCCUGACAGAGAUAGCUGAAUGGCGUCCGCUCAAGCAUAUUGUCUCGAAACAUAUUGACGUCACCAACACUGACUUGGACAUCCCGCUUUCUGCUUUGGCUGGAAUUCAACCCUGGUUGAUUAGAGCGUUCACGGAGAAUGGACAGGUUGCAUAUCGUAUGGGAGAGGUGUACGCAAAUGGUGUUUCCAGUUUAUUGAGACUGGAACUCGCGGACGAGCGUAAUUAUUCUUCUACUGAACAGCUGCUCGCUUACCAAAAGUUUGUAAAUGAACUCGACCUUUGCUAUGUUUGAUGUUUUUUUUUUCCUUUUUUUUUUU